AUUUAAUAUUCAUCGGUUUAGGCUAACAACCCGGAGAAAUAUCUCCUCUCCGGUCCUCCUUUUUCGUUCUUCUUCCGCUGCUUCUGCUUCAUUUGCUCAUUUCUCAGCUCCGAUAGCCCAUUGGACGCCAGAUGCCGGAGAUUAGUCUUUUAGCCAUCGAAUCCCCCUCUUUCUGCUGCCAGAGUCUUAAAAAAUCCAUUUUUUUAAUGCUUUCUUUCUUUGUCUUCUCUCAAAUAUAUUAGAUUUGGAGGAAUGAGAUACCAGGGGCCGCUGAAGGAGAGAGUAGUUUCAUUUGAGCUUCUAUGAUUGUUUGAGUUUUCUCUAUUAUUAAAUUUUGGAUUAAUGGGUAGAGGCAGAGGGAAGGGGAGGAAGUUAACAGUAGUAACAAGUCAUGAAGAUCCAGGGAGUGGUGGUGAAGAGGUUCUUCCUGCAUAUAAGAGGAGGGGAAGGCCACAAAAGCCUUUAAAAGAAGACAUUGACGAAGAGGAUACUGCAAAGAUUGAGGAAGAAGAAGGAGAUGAUGCGAAACCUUUUGCCUUGAGCAAAGAUAUAAAAGGCUCGACAGUUGAGAAUGGGAAGAAGAGGAAGAGGUAUUCACAAGUGAAAGAAAAUUCUGAAUCAGUCCUGGAGGAAAAUGGUACUGGGGUGAGAUCCAUCAAUGAGGAGUCAACUAGGUCUAACGGCUUUCGGCAAAAUGGAAGCCGGCGAAAGAGCAAACCUCGGCGGGCUGCUGAAGCAGGAGUUGAGUCCAAGUGAGAUUUGCAACAGUAUCUCUUUUGGGUUUUCCAUCAUCCUGUUGCUAGCUAUAUCACGCAGCUCAAAGUCCUUAGUGGCCUACCUUUUCUUUUCGGUGUUCAUUCCUAUUUUGCUUUUUAUCUCGUUUUGUCCAUGAAUGAACUUAACUGGGUGGUGGUGGUCUGAUUAUGCUGUUUUAUAAUUUUCCCUGACACCAUAAAGCUGCUAUAAGGUAUUUGCUUUAGCUUAAAUGGAGUUUCUGUAGGCUGCAGAAUUAUAAGCAUAAAGUUUGCUUUAGCUUGUUUUAUCUCUUUUGCUGUUACUAUUUGAUGUCCUAAAUACCUACUUUUUUGUCUAACGAAUUGUAGCAACGUAGUUCAUU